AUGAAUUGUUUCCUUCUGUGUGGUGUGUCCACAGCAUUGCUGUCAUUGCUUUGGCCACAAGUAAUAUGUAACAUUUCUCGUGGUGAAUGCAGCACUGCUGAUCCUCUUCCUGUUCUUCCCAAGCAAUACCAGUCAGGGGACAUCAACAUUGCUGGCAUCAUUUCUCAGAUCUACCUCUUUUAUAUGAUGAUGGACUUCAAGUCACCUCCUUCUAGCGACCUCUUUGAGGAUAUUGUGGUCGUAACUCAGAUUUACCAACACAUCCUGGCUUUAGUGUUUACUGUGAAGGAGAUCAAUACUAAUCCAGAGAUUCUACCCAAUGUAACACUGGGCUUCCAAAUCUACAAUAGUCAUUUCACUUCAAAAUGGAUGUAUCAUGCCUCGAUGGAACUCCUUUCCUCUAAAGGCAGAUUAAUUCCCAACUACAGCUGUGACAUCCAGAAAUAUCCAGUAGCAGUAAUUGGAGGACCUGAUACUGAUGUAUGUCUUCACAUGGCCAUCAUUCUUCACAUCUACAAGUUUCCUCAGGUAACAUAUGGCUCUGCUCCAACGACAAAUAAGGACAAACAGGCUGGUUUCUACCACCAAAUGUUUCCAAAUAUGGACCAUCAGUAUAAGGGAAUUCUUCAGCUACUGAAGCAUUUUCAGUGGACAUGGAUUGGGGGCUUGUUUGUGAGCAAUGACAAUGGGGAGAAGUUUGUACAAGAUGUGGUACCCAUGUUUCUCCAGAGUGGGGUCUGCUUUGAUUUCAUUGAAAGAUUCCCAACUGCUUCUUAUUCCACUGACAUUCUCAAUAUUGUGAAAGAAGGUAUGAAAAUGUACAGUGUUGUCAUGAACAGCACUGUGAAUUCAGUGGUAGUUCAAGGUGAAAUUGAUAUAAUGAUAAUUUUGAGAAUGUUUCCCACUAUGUCAAAAUUUGAAGAGAUACCAUUACAAGGAAAGUGUAAAAUCUGGAUUAUGACAGCCCAGAUGGAUUUCACAUCUCUGCCCUUUCAGAGGUGGGAAGACCUAGAUUUUCUCCAUGGUGCUCUGUCCUUUGCAGUUCAUUCAAGAGAGGUCCCAGGGUUUCGGGAAUUUCUUCAGUCGAGAAAACCAAGCUUCAGUCCAGAAGAUGGCUUUAUUAGGGUUUUCUGGGAGGAGGCAUUUGGAUGUGUGUUCUCAGGCUCCAUGGUUGAUGGGAAACUCAACCCAGUCAUGGACAGUCAACCGAUAUGCACUGGGGAGGAGAAGCUAGAGACCCUCCCUUCCUCCGUUUUUGAAAUGGACAUGACUGGCCACAGCUAUAGCAUCUACAAUGCAGUCCAUAUUGUGGCACAGGCAUUACAUGUUGCUCAUUCAAUGACCUUCAAACAUAGAGCAAGAACAGGCAAAGUGAGACUUACUGAACUUCUCAAACAUCACCCAUGGAAGCUCAAUGAAGUUAUAAGAAGGAUCUCAUUCAAUAAUACUGCAGGAGAAAUAAUAUAUUUCAACCAAAAUGGGGAACUUGAUGCUGGAUUUGAUGUCAUCAAUUGGAUCACAUUCCCAAACAAGUCCUUUCUGAAAGUCAAAGUGGGUGGAAUAGGGUCUGUGACUUCCCAAGAGGACAUGCUGAGCAUCUACGAGGAAACCAUCAUCUGGCCAAGCAGGUUUAACCAGGUCCGGCCACUUUCUCUGUGUAACAAUUACUGCCAUUUGGGUUCCGCCAAGACCAGAAUAGAAGGGGAGCCAUUUUGCUGUUAUGAUUGUCUUCGCUGUCCAGAAGGGAAGAUUUCCAAUCUGAUAGAUAUGGAUGACUGCUUUUCAUGUCCAGAAGGUCAAUAUGCAAACAAGGAUCAGAAUUCAUGCCCUCCAAAAGUUGUAACAUUCCUGACUUAUGUGGAAACAUUGGGGACUCUCUUGGCCAUUUCUUCUCUCUUCUCCACUUUUAUCCUUUUGUUGGUUCUGGGCAUCUUCAUUAAGUACCAGGACACUCCCAUUGUCAAGGCCAACAACCGAAACCUCACCUACAUCCUACUCAUUUCGCUCCUGCUUUCAUUCCUUUGUGCUUUACUAUUUAUUGGCAAACCCAAUAAAAAAACUUGUCUCCUCCGACAAAGUGCUUUUGCCAUAAUAUUUACUGUAGCUGUAUCAUGUGUGUUAGCAAAAACCAUCACUGUGAUUUUAGCUUUCAUGGCCACCAAACUAAAGUCUGCAAUGAGGAAAUGGAUGGGGAAGAGAUUGGCUAUUUCCAUCGUCCUUUUCUGCUCCUUCAUUCAAGUCAUUCUUUGUACCGUCUGGCUGUUGACCUUUCCUCCGUUCCCUGAAUUCAACAUGCACCUAAUGGCAGAAGAAAUUGUUCUGGAAUGUAAUGAAGGCUCCUUUGUCAUGUUCUACUGUGUCCUGGGCUUUAUGGGCCUCCUAGCCCUUGUCAGCUUCACUGUAGCAUUCUUUGCCCGGAAACUACCGGACACUUUUAAUGAAGCCAAAUUUAUCACCUUCAGCAUGUUGAUCUUUUGCAGUGUUUGGCUCUCCUUUGUUCCAAGCUAUCUGACCACAGGGGGCAAACAUAUGGUGGCUGUGGAGAUCUUCUCGAUCAUAACGUCCAGUGGCGGGCUCCUUGUAUGCAUCUUUUUCCCUAAAUGCUAUAUCAUUAUACUGAGGCCUGAACUGAAUAGCAAGCAGCAGCUAAGACAAAGGAGAAGCUAA